AUGUCACCAUUGAAAGGAAUCAAAGUCAUAGAGCUAGCAGGCCUAGCUCCAGGCCCAUUCGCAGGCCUCCUACUAGCCGACUACGGCGCCUCAGUCCUCCGCAUCGACCGACCCAAAUCCAUAACCGGCGACCAAUUAACCCGCAAUAAAACCUCCAUAACCCUCGACCUACGCGACCAAACCUCGCUAAACAUCCUCCUCCGCCUCCUCACAACAGCCGACAUCUUAAUCGACCCCUUCCGCCCAGGCGUCCUCGAACGUCUCGGCCUCUCCCCAACAGAAGUCCUCCUAAAACACAACCCGCGGCUAAUCGUCGCCCGUAUGACCGGCUUCCGCCGCGACGGAAAAUACAAAGACAUGGCCGGCCACGACAUAAACUACAUCGCCGUCUCAGGCGUGCUUUCCAUGCUCGGCCGUGCAGCAGAAAGGCCCCACGCCCCAGGAAACAUCCUCGGCGACUUCGCAGGUGGCGGUGCAGUCUGUUUCCAGGGAAUACUACUAGCCCUCAUCUCCCGCUCACAUACCGGCCGUGGCCAGGUCGUUGAGGCGAAUAUGGUUGAUGGCUCGGCGUAUCUUGCUACCUUCCCGCGGUUGGGGAGAAAUGGUCCUGCGUGGUCAGAGCCACGCGGAGAGAAUCUGCUCGAUGGUGGGUGUCCGUACUAUGAUACGUACGAAACUAAGGAUGCUGGGCGGUAUUUUGCCGUCGGGGCCUUGGAGCCGCAGUUUUAUGCGGCGUUAGUGCGUGGGCUUGGGUUUGAGAUUGGGGAGCUUCCGAAGAGGGAGGAUCGGAAGCAGUGGCCGGCGUUGAGGGAGCUCUUUACGAUGAGGUUUAAGGAGAAGACGCGGACGGAGUGGGAGGCUGUUUUCGAUGGCACCGAUGCUUGUGCUACGCCUGUUUUGGAGCAGGCGGAGCUCGAAGAGGAUGGGUAUGAGCAGCGGCCUAUGGUGCAUCUGGUUAGUACGCCUGCGGCGCCGAUUCUGGCGGAUAACGGUGGGUGGUCAGGUGGCGGGCUUUUGCCUGGGGAUGGGGGUGUUGAUACGCUUAGGGAGUGGGUUGGGUGGGAGCAGGGUAAGGAUUUUAAUGUUAGGGAGGAUGGCGCUUUUGUGACGGUGAAUGGGAAGUCGAAGAUUUGA